CGGCGUGGCUCGCGCGCGCUGGUCAUGGACCGCAACCCCUCGCCCCCACCCAGCCGCCCCGACGGGGCGGACGAGGAGGAGGAGGCCGGCGGAGACUGCAUAGGGAGCACGGUCUACAGCAAGCACUGGCUGUUUGGUGUCCUCAGCGGGCUCAUCCAGAUUGUUACACCAGAGAAUGGGAAAUACAGCUCAGAAGAUGAGGAGCAGCAGACAGAGCUUGAUGAAGAAAUGGAGAAUGAAAUUUGCAGAGUAUGGGAUAUGUCCAUGGAUGAGGAUGUGGCUUUAUUUCUCCAAGAAUUUAACGCUCCUGACAUAUUUAUGGGAGUAUUGGCAAAAUCCAAGUGUCCCCGAUUAAGAGAAAUCUGUGUGGGAAUUUUAGGUAACAUGGCCUGUUUCCAGAAGAUAUGUAUGUCCAUCAGCAGUGAUGAAAAUCUUGGGCAGGUGUUACUUCAUUGUUUGUAUGAUUCAGACCCACCUACUCUACUGGAAACAAGCAGGUUGUUGCUUACUUGCCUUUCCCAGACAGAAGUGGCCAGUGUCUGGGUUGAAAGGAUUCGGGAGCAUCCAGCUAUUUAUGACAGCAUUUGCUUCAUCAUGUCAAGUUCAACAAAUGUUGACUUGCUGGUGAAAGUGGGGGAGGUUGUAGACAAGCUCUUUGAUUUGGAUGAGAAACUAAUGUUGGAAUGGAUUAAAAAUGGAGUUGCUCAGCCUCUGGACCAACUCCAGGAAGAUUCUGAAGAGCGGCCAGUAUUCAGGAUUGUGCCCUGUGUCCUGGAAGCUGCCAAACAAGUACGUUCUGAAAACCCAGAAGGGCUUGAUGUUUACAUGCACAUCUUACAGCUACUUACCACAGUGGAUGAUGGAAUUCAAGCAAUUGUACAGUGUCCAGAUACUGGAAAAGACACUUGGAAUUUACUUUUUGAUCUGGUCUGCCAUGAACUCUGCCAAUCUGAUGACCCACCUAUCAUAUUGCAAGAACAGAAAACAAUGCUGGCCUCAGUAUUUUCAGUGUUGUCCACCAUCUAUGCUUCUCAGGCUGAACAGGAAUACCUAAAGGUUGAAAAAGAUCUUCCUCUAAUUGACAGUCUAAUUCGAGUGUUACAAAAUAUGGAACAUUGUCAGAAGAAACCAGAGAAUUCAACAGACUUUAAUACAGCAGAAACUAAAAAGUCUGAUUUAACUCAAGAUGACUUCCAUAUGAAAAUCUUAAAGGACAUUUCAUGUGAAUUUCUUUCUAAUAUUUUUCAGGCAUUAACAAAGGAGACCGUGGUUCAGGGACUAAAGGAAGGCCAGUUAAACAAACAGAAAUGUUCCUGUGCAUUUCAAAACCUCCUUCCUUUUUAUAUUCCUGUGGUGGAAGACUUUUUUAAAAUUCUGCAGGAAGUUGAUAAAGCUCUUGCUGAUGAGCUGGAGAAAAGUUUCCCAAGUUUGAAGGUGCAGACUUAAAAACUGAGUUGGAAUUUCUUUUGUUCGGGAAAUAAACUUGUUUUGUUUUGUUUUUGUAGUUGAUAUGUAGAAGAUACUGGAUAGAAUUCCUGUUUGCUUUACACUCAGCCCUGCUUCCUUCUGAGUUCCUCACUUCCAUCGGCAUAGGAACUGGAGUUUUACUAUGUACUUUCCAGUCCUCAUCUUCCCAUACUGAUUUUGUGUUAUUUAGCUUAGAUGAUGAAGAAGAAAGCAGAAAUACAAGCUUAGCAUUGAGGUUAUCUUUAGAAUAUUUGAGAAGUUGGUGAAGAUUUUCCUAUAACUCUCAAUUUUUAUAUAAGAAUUUUGUGUCCACUAUGAGAAUCCAUAGCUAUCGUAACCAAAAGCCCUGUUACAGUAGCUUAAUCCGACAGCAGUUAUGUUUUAUGGACUAAGAACAGAAGCGUGAGAAGUAGCUCAGGGAUCCUUCCCCCUUUCACCAGCUUUUCGCCUUGGUCUGCGAUGUUGGUCUGGGUGUUCUUGUCCACCGUUUUUCUUUUUCUUUUUU